AUUUGUUUUCUUCCUCUAGAUUUCAAAGAGCUAGCUAUCGCUGAAAACAGUGAGAGACAGAGAAGACAGAGAGAGAGAGAGAGAUGGUGUUGAUGGUCAGUGAAGUUAGGCAAAAACCAACUUUCUAUUUAUGUAUAAUUAGGUCAAUCACAUCACCAAUUUAACUUUUUUCCUCCUCCAAUUCUCCUCCUCUCCUAACAAAAUUAGGGUUUCUUGCUUCUCUACUCUUUUCUCAGAUUCCGAAGUCAUUUCAUCGGAAUUCUCAUCAGAAAACCAUCGAAUUCCAUUGAAAAACCCAAUCUUGGCCAACAGCAUUAAUCAAGAGAUACUGAAUUGUAAAGAUGAUGACGAAUUUGUCUCUAACAAGAGAACUAGGAGAAGAAGACGAAGAAGCAGAAGCAAAGAGGCCCGUGGAAGAAGUGGAGAGAGAGCACAUGUUCGACAAAGUGGUGACUCCAAGCGACGUCGGGAAACUAAACCGACUCGUGAUCCCAAAGCAACACGCAGAGAGAUACUUCCCUUUAGAUUCAUCCUCAAACGAGAAAGGUCUGCUUUUAAACUUCGAAGAUCUCACAGGAAAAUCAUGGAGGUUCCGUUACUCUUACUGGAACAGUAGCCAGAGCUAUGUCAUGACUAAAGGUUGGAGCCGUUUCGUCAAAGACAAGAAGCUUGAUGCCGGAGAUAUUGUCUCUUUCCAGAGAUGUAUCGGAGAUUCAGGGAGAGACAGUCGUUUGUUUAUCGAUUGGAGGAGAAGAGCUAAAGUCCCUGACCAUCCGACAUCCAUUGCUCACUUUGCUGCCGGAGCUAUGUUCCCUAGCUUUUACAGUUUUCCGACAACAACUACUUCGACAAGUUACAAUCUUUAUAAUCAUCAUCACCAGCCACGUCAUCUCCAAAGUAGUGGUUAUAGUUACCCUCAGAUUCCGAGAGAAUUUGGGUAUGGUUAUUUCGUUAGGUCAGUUGAUCAGAGGGCGGUGGCUGAUCCGCUAGUGAUCGAAUCUGUGCCGGUGAUGAUGCACGGAGGAGCUCGAGUUACUCAGGCGGUUGUCGGAGCCGCCGGGAAGAGGCUGAGGCUUUUUGGAGUCGAUAUGGAAUGUGGCGAGAGCGGAGUAACCAACAUUACGGAGGAAGAUUCUUCAUCUUCCGGUGGGAGUUUGCCACGUGGCGGUGGCGGUGGCGGUGGUGCUUCUUCGUCUUCCUCUUUGUUUCAGCUAAGACUUGGAAGCAGCAGUGAAGACGAUCACUUCUCUAAGAAAGGAAAGUCUUCAUUGUCUUUUGAUUUGGAUCAAUAUUGAUGAUGAGAUUAGUUGGUAUAUAUAUCAAAAUUAAGGAAUACACAUAAUUCUCUUUCUAUAUAUAUAUGAGACUACUUAAUGCACUCGUUAUAAACUUAAUGCAUAGUCCAUACAGAGAAAUUUUAUGGAAAUUAUAUGG